ACUGCAAUUAAAUCUCUCCUUACGCCUCAAACAGCUUCGUAAAACCACCAGCAGUUUUCCGACCAAACCACCAAACCCAUUAAUUGCCUACCGAUAGAAUUCAAGGAUCUCCUAUUUUUCAUCGAAAAUAUGUAUAUCUAGAUAGAGACUAGCGAGUGAGACAAAGAUGGAUGGAUAGAGAUGAAGCUAACAAAGGAACAAUAGCAUAUAGGAAGAUAAAAAGUUAUUUGAUUCUUCUUGAGUUCACACAGACAGCCCUAAAAAGAUCUUCCAGAAAAUUCAAAGAAAAAAAGAGCAAAAAUGUACCAGCCAGACAUGUUAGUACCAGUGGAUACGAACAAAAAUGGAGAUGACGAUAACAACGAAAACAACAACAACAACGAAAACAACAACAACAACAUGGAUGGUCAGGGUGACACCAGUUUUGGAGAUGAGGAAUUCGACAGUACGAAUACAAGUGAGACUCAAGAAGAUGGAAGCGAACAAGAUCCUCGUUCUAAUAAGAGAAAACGAUAUCAUCGUCACACUCAACAUCAAAUCCAGGAGAUGGAAGCUUUCUUCAAAGAGUGUCCUCAUCCAGAUGAUAAGCAGAGGAAAGAACUUAGUCGUCAAUUGGGAUUAGACCAUCUUCAGAUCAAAUUCUGGUUCCAGAACAAACGCACCCAAAAUAAGAAUCAUCUAGAACGCCAUGAGAACUCACAACUUCGGUCGGAGAACAAUAGGCUUAGAAACGAAAACCACCAAUACCGAGAAGCUAUUGCUAAUGCCUUAUGUCCUAAGUGUGGAGGUCACACUGCAAUUGGUGAAAUGUCUUUCGAAGAACAUCAUCUUCGCCUCGAAAAUGCUGGGUUAGCCCAAGAGAUCCAGCAAUUAUCUGCCGUGGCGACCAAGUAUGCAGGCAGACCUAGGUAUGCUCUCAUGGCUCCUCCUGUUCCAGCUCGACCAUCCGAGCCCGGGAUGGCAACUAAUGGUAGACAAGUGCAUGAAAGUAUCCAAAACCACUUGAGGUCAAUCAUUGGAGUGAAAGAUGCCGAUAAGCCAUUGAUCAUAGAGUUAGCAUUUAGAGCCAUGGAUGAGCUAAUUGCGAUGGCUCAAGUAGGUGAACCACUAUGGAAAGGAGGAGUUAAUGGCACGAGCUUAGCUUUGGACUUGGAUGAAUACACAAGAACAUUCCAAAACGGACUAGGCCCUAGACUCAACGGGUUUAGAACCGAGGCAUCGAGGGAAACCGCAGUCGUGUACAUGAAUCAUAUGAACAUUGUCAAGAGGCUCAUGGAUGUGAAUCUAUGGUCGACCAUGUUUGCUGGAAUGGUUGCUAGAGCCAUGACUCAUGAAGUUUUAUACGCUGGAGUCAACGGAACCUUUGACGGAACUCUCCAUCUGAUGACUGUUGAAUACCAAAUUCUUUCGCCGUUAGUCUCAACCCGUGAAAGCUACUUCUUACGCUACUGUAGACAGCAAGGAGAGGGUUUAUGGGCAGUGGUCGAUGUUUCCAUUGACCAUCUCAUUCCAAACCUCGAACUCAGAUGUCGUCGUCGACCAUCUGGAUGUCUGAUUCAACAAAUCCAAAAUGGAUUCUCCAAGGUUACAUGGGUUGAGCAUGUGGAGCUAGAUGACAGAGGAGCAAUAAUUCACAACUUGUAUAAGCAGUAUAUCAGUUCUGGUCAAGCUUUAGCUGCUAACCGUUGGGUUACAACAUUGGACCGCCAGUCCGAGCGGUUAGCCUGCAUGAUGGCUACAAACAUUCCAUCUAUUGAACCGGGUGGUCUACUAACGUUAACGAACCAAUCAAAGCACAACAUUCUGAAAUUAGCUGAGAGGAUGGGGAGGAGUUUCUUCUCUGGAGUGACUGCUUCGACUGCAGAUUUGUGGUGUAAUUUGUCUGGUUAUGCAGGAGAUAGUAUCAGACUGAUGACUAGGACGAGCGUGAAUGAUCCAGGAAGGCCUCCCGGUGUCAUUCUCUGUGCAGCUACUUCCUUUUGGGUCCCGGUUCCUCCUAGCACUGUCUUUGACUUCCUCAGAGACGAGAACACUCGAAUCCAUUGGGAUGUUCUCUCCAGUGCCGGUAAUGUGCAGAAGCUGUCACAGAUUGCAAAUGGGAGAGACAGUAGGAACUGUGUAUCUAUACUCCAGGGGCCAAAAACUAUAGAGAAAAAUAUGAUAAUAGUUCAAGAGACCUCCACUGAUCCAGCAGCUUCGUUUGUGAUAUCUGCGCCUAUUGAUGUAUCAGCGAUGGAUCUUGUUUUCAAGGGAGGUGACUCUGACUAUGUGCCUAUGCUUCCUUCGGGUUUUGCUAUUCUUCCUGAUGGUAUGGCUCGUCCUGGAAGAGAAGGAGGGUCACUCCUGAGCGUUGCCUUUCAGAUUCUUGUCGAAUCUGUUCAUUCAGCUAAGCUGACUUUUAGCUCUGUUGCAACCAUUGAGAAUCUGGUUUUAUCAACCGUGCACAAGGUCAAAUCUUACUUUCAUCUUCAGACUGCUUCAACCACCAUCAUUAGGAAUGAAAGCUAAAGUGGAUGCAGAGGAGUGAAUCAAGGAAGAAAGUGAGAGACUUUGUUUUAUUGUUUUUUUUAGUUUUUAAGUGGUAUUGGAAAACUUCAAAAGAGGAGGAGUCAAGGAACGAACCUCACAGGAAACCAUUGUGUUUGACUAGUGUCAGAUUUUGGUCUGCCUAGUUUUUUUCCAAUGGUUUUCAUGAGGUUCAGGAAUUGACUUUCUUAUGAACUUUUUUUUAUUUCAGUUUAAGUAUUUUGUUUGUUGGAACCUCAUCAGGAUAUUGAGUUCUGUUUUUUCUCCAUUUAUGUUUCAAAUUU